AUACGCAAUUUCGUUCCGUGCUUCGGCUUUUUUAGGUUUAACGCCAAGUUCUUCUUCUCUUCUUCAUCUUCAACUGUUGUUCAGUCAAUAGAGGCGGCUUAGGAUGGAGGUCAAGCUCUCGUUUCCGGCGGAUCAUCCGCCAUUGUACGUCAUCGCGACAGCCAAGGUCGCCGGAAUUCCCAUUUCAGAGGAUUCAUCUCUUGCUUCUGGUUCUCUUCCCACUUUUCUCAUUUCCAGCAAUGAUCAUGAAUUCAAAUUGAGGGGAACAUCAAUAAAUGCUCUUCUCCGUUAUCUUGGGCGGGUUGCAAGCAUUCCCAAUUUUUAUGGGCAGGAUGCAUUUGAAUCUUGCCAGAUUGAUGAAUGGCUAGAAUAUGCUCCAACCUUUUCAACUGGUUCUGAAUUUGAGAAUGCAUGCUGCUAUGUGGAUGGCAUUUUGUUGCAGCGUACCUUUUUGGUUGGUUAUAGUUUGUCAAUUGCAGAUAUAGCAAUUUGGUCAGGUCUUGCAGGAAGUGGACAGAGAUGGGAAAGUUUGAGGAAAUCAAAGAAAUACCAGAAUUUAGUGCGGUGGUUCAAUUCAAUAUAUGCAGAAUACAACACCGUCUUGAAUGAAGUUACUGGAACAUAUGUUGGCAAAAGAGGCUUGGGAAAGCCAAUGCCGGCCAAAAUGAAAGAAAAAGAGCAACAGGGUAUUAAUAAUCAUAUGAAGAAUGUAAGUGGGGAUGCCAAUGAAAAGGGAAAAGCUAGCAGCAAGGCCACCGCUGAAGUGGAUCUUCCAGAUGCAGAAGUCGGAAAUGUGCGGUUGCGUUUUGCACCAGAACCCAGUGGUUAUCUUCACAUUGGGCACUCAAAAGCUGCAUUAAUGAACCAGUAUUUUGCUCAAAGAUAUCAAGGUCAGCUGAUUGUGCGCUUUGAUGAUACAAAUCCUGCUAAAGAAAGCAAUGAAUUUGUGGAAAAUCUUUUGAAAGAUAUCGAGACUUUGGGUAUUAAGUAUGAUGCUGUGACAUAUACUUCAGAUUACUUCCCUCAGUUAAUGGAAAUGGCUGAAAAUUUGAUUUGUAAUGGUAAAGCGUAUGUUGAUGAUACACCACGUGAGCAAAUGCAGAAAGAACGGAUGGAUGGAAUUGAAUCAAAAUGCAGGAAUAACAGCCCUCAGAAGAAUAUGGAAUUGUGGAAGGAAAUGAUUGCAGGAUCUGAAAGGGGUUUGAUGUGCUGUCUGCGUGGGAAGUUGGAUAUGCAGGACCCAAAUAAAUCGCUUCGAGAUCCAGUUUAUUACCGUUGCAAUCCGCUUCCCCACCAUAGGAUUGGUUCCAAGUACAAGUUAUACCCAACCUAUGAUUUUGCUUGUCCAUUUGUUGAUGCUAAAGAAGGUAUAACUCAUGCACUUCGAUCUAGUGAGUACCAUGAUCGCAAUGCUCAGUAUCAUAGGAUCCAAGAGGAUAUGGGAGUAAAGAAGGUUCACAUCUAUGAAUUUAGCCGGUUGAAUAUGGUGUAUACGCUUCUCAGCAAACGUAAGCUUCUCUGGUUUGUUCAAAAUGGAAAAGUUGAUGGGUGGGAUGAUCCUCGUUUCCCGACUGUCCAAGGGAUUGUGCGUAGAGGUCUGAAAAUUGACGCAUUGAUACAAUUCAUCCUUGAACAGGGGGCAUCGAAAAAUCUCAAUCUCAUGGAAUGGGAUAAACUCUGGACCAUUAAUAAGAAGAUUAUUGAUCCUGUGUGUCCCAGACAUACUGCUGUUAUUGAUGACAAACGUGUGUUAGUAACCUUAGCUGAUGGUCCUGAGAAACCAUUUGUCCGCAUCAUACCAAGGCAUAAGAAAUUUGAAGGCGCUGGAGAAAAGUGUACCACAUACACAAAGAGGAUAUGGAUUGACUAUGCUGAUGCAGUGUCCAUCUCAGAAAAUGAGGAAAUAACCUUAAUGGAUUGGGGGAAUGCCAUCAUAAAAGAAAUCAGGAAGGAUCAGGAUGGGAAUAUUACGCAGUUAAUAGGGGUUUUGCAUCUCGAAGGAUCUGUCAAGGCCACAAAAUUGAAGCUUACCUGGCUACCUGAAACAAGCGAAUUGGUUAACCUUUCAUUGAUGGAGUUUGACUAUCUAAUCACAAAGAAGAAGCUGGAUGAAGGAGAUGAUUUCCUUGAUGCGCUUAACCCGUGUACCAAAAGAGAGACUGCAGCAGUUGGGGAUUCUAACAUACGGAAUUUAAAGCGCGGUGAGAUAGUGCAGCUGGAGAGGAAGGGCUAUUAUAGGUGCGAUGCUCCCUUCAUUAGACCUUCAAAACCAGUAGUUCUAUUUGCAAUCCCAGAUGGCAGGCAGCAAAAAUAAGAACUUUACACCAAAGGAGUUUUCCACCCAUAUCCCAAGAAUUUUGGAACUUACAUUAGAGACUACGUUGAUUCAGUGAUUGUAUGAAAUGAGAAAAGGAAGGUUCCUACGCUUACUUUUGUUUUAGAUAUGGGAACUGAUGGAGAUUGUUGCUUUGAUAGUUUUAUUGAUUCGUCUUUAUGAGGAUGAACAACCUUAUAAAUUACUGUGGCAAUUCUAAUAUUAUGGGUUUUAUUUUGUCAUAAUGAGGCAAAUUUUGACAUGUAUUGGAAAGA